CGCUAAAGGCUCAGCCGCCAGACAGUCCCACCUUUGGGAGAUCGUCACUCACACCCAACACCAGGCUGACCCGCAGUGGAACCAGCUGCCCCACAUCCAAGUCAGAUCCUUCCAGAAAGGAGCCAGUGUCGGUGCUGGUGGUGCAGACGCCUGUGACGUGGACAAGCCGUGUUGAAGCAUCUCCUCACCUUCAAGCCCUACGACCAGGAGACCCCAGGACUAGCAAAGGCUUUUAAAGAGCAGAAAUCUCUUCCUCAAGGUUCAUGCAAUCAAUGAGUACAUGUUUCUGAGGUGGAUGCCAGAGUCGGAAACUCAGCCUGAAGCUUCAGCACCAUGCCAGCCCAGCUCCAGAAGGCCUGCAGGUCCAGGGCGCAAGGAUGGGGCCUGGUCAUCACCGCGGGGACCUAGCGUGGCUGCCAUACCUGCCACUAUUCUCGAAGGCUGUCGUGAGAGAUCCCACAGCUGGCGCCCCGGAACCCAGCCUCCUCCUGGACCAAGGCGGGAGGGAGCCUCGCUGCAGGUGCCAACCCCAGCAAGGUCACCUCGCAAACUUGCUCAGCCCGGGAUAGCCCCAGGUCUUCCUCUGGACCCAAGAGAACACAUACGCAUCCUCGCAGCCCAGCAAGUGGCCGCCUCUGCUUGCUCCAGCUGUGUCUGCAAAACCAAGUCUCAACGAGAGCAUUGGGAGGAAUUAGCAAGUUCACUCUGUGUCCACCCAAAACCCACCUCAGCACCGCAGGUAAACUACCGCGUCAUAAACCUGUUGCGGCUACGAACUGUUCGGGGUGUUAAAUACCUGUGUCACCUUCAAAGAAAACCACUUGUGACAUUUGCUUCUCGGGAGAAAGGCGCGUGUGAGCACAGGCAGGGCUGGCAGAGGAGAGACGGGGCAGCUGCCUCCCUCCAGACCCGCAGACCUGUCCCCCUCCUGCGGGGUCUCCACUCCCAGAGCAGGACAGGCCCUUCGGGCUGGUGGUUCUCGGCUUCCGGCAAACAUCACAGCCACCCAGGCGAGGAAAGCAAAGAUUUCUAG